AUGUUUUUAACUCGCUCAGAAUAUGACCGUGGUGUGAACACCUUCUCUCCAGAGGGGCGGUUAUUCCAAGUCGAGUAUGCUAUUGAAGCUAUCAAGCUUGGAUCAACAACCGUCGGUGUCGCCACCCCAGAAGGCGUCGUUCUCGGGGUCGAGAAACGCGUCCAAUCCCCGCUUCUCGAAUCCUCAUCCAUUGAAAAGAUCAUGGAAAUCGACUCUCACCUCGGCUGCGCCAUGUCGGGUCUCACCGCGGACGCACGAACCAUGAUCGACCAUGCACGCGUAACAGCACAGAAUCAUAACUUCACGUACGAUGAGAAAAUCAGGGUCGAAAGUGCGACGCAGGCGGUCUGUGAUUUGGCGUUGAGGUUCGGAGAGAGUGUGCACGAUGAGGAUGCGAUGAUGAGUCGGCCGUUUGGCGUCGCGCUGUUGAUCGCCGGGGUUGACGAGAGGGGGCCACAGUUGUUCCAUACGGAUCCAUCCGGGACGUUCGUGCGGUAUGAUGCUAAAGCUAUUGGGUCGGGAUCGGAGGCAGCACAAAGCGAGUUGCAGGACAAGUGGCACAAGCAAAUGACACUGCAAGAAGCCCAUAUUCUCGCCCUUCGCGUUCUCAAGCAAGUAAUGGAAGAGAAGCUCGAUCACCACAACGUUCAGCUUGCACAGGUAACGCCUGACAAGGGCUUCAGUAUCUUAAACGAGGCAAGCUUGAAGGAAGUGAUCGAUGCUAUGUAA